GGCUUCCUCCCACCGCGUCCCGCCGCCCGCGCGCAUCGCUCUCGUCUGGGAGCCUCGCAGCCUCACGUCCAUGUCCGCGGCGGUGGCGUCUGCGGCUGUGCACCCCGACAGCAUGCUCUCCGAGGCGGAGGAGCCCAAGGAAGUGGCCACAGAUGUCUUCAAUUCCAAAAACCUGGCCGUCCAGGCGCAAAAGAAGAUCCUGGGUAAAAUGGUAUCCAAAUCCAUCGCCACCACCCUGAUCGAUGACACCAGCAGCGAGGUCCUGGAUGAGCUCUACCGGGUGACCAAGGAGUACACCCAAAACAAGAAGGAGGCGGAGCGGGUCAUCAAGAACCUUAUCAAGACAGUCAUCAAGCUGGCUGUUCUCCACAGGAACAAUCAGUUCAAUCAAGACGAGCUGGCGCUGAUGGAGAAGUUCAAGAAGAAGGUCCACCAGCUUGCCAUGACGGUGGUCAGCUUCCACCAGGUGGAGUACACCUUCGACCGCAACGUGCUGUCCAGGCUGCUGAACGAGUGCCGAGAGCUGCUGCAUGAAGUCAUCCAGCGCCACCUCACUGCCAAGUCUCACGGACGGGUUAAUCACGUCUUUGAUCACUUUUCAGAUUGUGAUUUUUUGGCUGCCUUGUAUAAUCCCUUUGGAAAAUUUAAACCUCACUUACAGAAACUUUGCGAUGGCAUCAACAAAAUGUUGGAUGAAGAGAACAUCUGAGCUCGUGAAAUAAGCGGUUUAGAUGAAGACAAAGAGCACUGCUGACUCAUGAAGGGAAGACAGAGAAUCUUUUAAAGAUCACAUGUAUUUCAGAAAGGCCUGGCCUGAUACAACCAUUGGACAUUAAUGGCAGUACUUUUGUGUGGCUUGUUGUAGUUGAAAAAGAAAAGCAUAUUGCCAAAAAUUCUGGCUGAAAACGUCUUAAUGAAUGUCAGGAUGUGGGAAAAAUAGAUAGUUGGGGAUUCAAAUGUGAGCGAUACAAAGACAGAGGAGUGUGGCUCCCCUCUCUGGGACUUUUCAUGUUUUAGGGAAAUUGUAUUGGUGGCACAUUGGAUAUUUCUAACGUGUACAAAGUUGUGUAUCUUGUAUUGGUGGCACAUUGGAUAUUUCUAACGUGUACAAAGUUGUGUAUCUUGGUUUUAUCUUUUACUCUCUGUGUAGCUCUUUUAAAAUGCCAAGGGCCUCUGUUGUCACUGAUCCUCUUGAAGCAAUCCUGCUUCCUAGUCUGCUCGAUUCUUUUGUUCUAGGUAGAAAUUGACGUUCAGGAAUUAAAUCCGAGGCCAUCGAAUUGAACCGUCAGGAAAGCAGGAAAGUGCAUAUCCGAAAUCACAGCCGUGGAAAUAAGAAAUAUGUCCAUUAUAAGAGUGUGCUUCUGAGACAGAGUUGUACUCUUUUGGAUCCUUGGUGAUACUUAGAUUCUCAAACCUUGUCUUGAAAUGCUUGGGCCCUAACUUUGAUGUCAUCUUGAACAUGUGCUGACACACAUUAACGUCCAUUUCACACAUAGGAGGAAAAAGAAACUUUUAGAUCGGCUUUGAUACUGAAACAAUAAAAUGUAAGUAGUGUGAAGAAAAGGAAAACAAUCUGGAGUUUCAGGAUGAACUCAUUAGACUAACUUAGGGGAGUGAGGGGUGAAAGAAUAGACAGGGCCUUGCUAAGUAAUGUAAGAAAGAUGGAUGCAUUUCAGUGUUUAACAGGGCUUGAUGAAUAAAGGAAGUCAUUUUUUUAUUUAACUACUUAGGGUUUAGAUUGUGUUAUUUGCUACUUUGAUGAGUGGGCAGAUGACCGUGUCUGUCUCCAGCAAGUGCUGUGCUCUUUCUGUAUAAUUUUAGGUGCAUGGAUGAUAAAGUAGACCUUUGCUGAUUUUGUAAAAGAACUAGAAGCCUACUGGCCAAUUCUGUCAUCUAGGAGAUAACAGACCCAACCCCCAUCACUAAAUAUUACCACUGCCACUGAGUCUGUCCUUGAGAACAUUGACAGUGAAAUAAAAAUUCACCAGAAAAAAAAAUCCCACAAGGAAAAAUUCCAGAAAAUCUGCUUUGACCCAUCAGAGACUAGAAGGAAGUGGUCAGGUUUCUCUGAGGCUCAGUUUUGUUCGGUUAAGGCAAACAGCAAAGGCAAAAAGUAUGUAUACCUGAGUGACACUGAAUCCUAAUUUGAGCUGGAAAUAUAAUUCUUGCCUCCUGGAGCUGUGUAGACGACUGCUAGAUGUGGUAACACUAGCAUAGUGGCUGCAUUGCUGACUAUUGGACUUCGUAAAUGCUAAAUGGUUAAUACUCCGAGCUCAGCAAGCCUUCCUUCGCCAGCUCUUCUCCUACCCAAGAGAGGCUAAGAGUGUGAUUUGACAGGAGGAUCUGAUUUGCCAUAUUCUCUUCUCUACCAGAUCUAGCAGAAGUAUGGCUAGUGAUGUGGACAGCUUCUUAAAUUUCUAGCUCAGGACAUGACCAACAAAAUACAGAAGACCUCGGGAGAAAUUUAGAGAUGUCUGCACAUAGUUGGGUCAUACUGAUGAACUUGUAGGGUAGCAACACAAUGUGCAUGUGGACAAUGGUAGCAUCCUUUAGUUUUAUAUGCCAAUGUCUUAGUUAGGGUUACUAUUGCUGCGAUGAAACACCAUGAGGAGGAAAGGAUUUAUUUCGCUCACACUUUGGUACAAUGUUAUUGAAGUAAGUCAGGGCAAGAACAUGAGCAGGAGCUGGAGGGGUGCUGCUUACUGGCUUGCUCAGCCUGCUUUCUUUUAGAACUCAGGACUACCAGUCCAGGGCUGGCACCACUGAAAAUAGACUGAACUGUCCUCCAUGAUCAAUAUUUAAGGAAAUGUCCUACAGGUUUUUUUACAGCCUGAUCUUAUGGAGACAUUUUCUCAGUUGAGGCUCCCUUCUCUUAAAUAAUGCCAGCUUGUGUCAUAUUGAUAUAAAACUAGCCAGCACACCCAGGAAGGUCAAAAGAAAUACUGUAGAAAAAGCUGAGGGCAGGCUUUUAGUCCCGCCCAGUUUCCACACAGCUAGCUUCACACCUGAAAUAAUUACACGGAAACUGUAUUCUUUUAAACACUGCUUGGCCCAUUAGCUCUAGCCUCUUACUGGCUAAC